CUGAAGUGGUGGUGGGUGUUGCAGCUGAUUUCAUCAACCGUGGGGCCCCGGGCCCGCUGGCCAGUCUGUGGGGCUGUCUGGGGCAGAGCAGAACUGGAGCCCGCGCCAGGGUCGCUGCGGCUGGGAAGCAGCAACAUAUAAACCACAUGAUGGCAUUUAAUCUGGCUGACCUGUUUUCCACUGCCCAAUUCUACCAGCUGCCAACUUCAGAUAUGCAAUUCCAAUGAGUCGACCUCAUGAGGCAGACACGGUGUUAUUAAUUCUUUCCUGAUUUGCUGGAUGAGGUUAUGAGAGAAGUGACAUGAAGAGAGACCCAGUGCUGUUUUUUGCUCUAUUUCUUGUCACUGAGGUCCGAGGUGCUGCUCGAAACCCAAUGGAAUGCCAGGAGAAUGAGUAUCUGGAUGAGCACAGGAAGUGCGUUCCUUGCAGGGAGUGUGGCCCAGGAUGGGAGCUUUCCAAGGAGUGUGGCUAUGGUGAAGGAAGGGAUGCCCAGUGCACUGCUUGCCCUCCCAGGAGGUUUAAGGACAGCUGGGGGUUCCGUGGUUGCAAACCUUGUCUUUCCUGCCCCCUCAUCAACCGUGUCCAGAAAUCCAACUGCACUGCCACUUCCAAUGCAGACUGUGGGGAAUGUCUGCCAGGGUUUUACAGUAAAACCCGGAUUGGCGGGCUGCAGGAUCUGGAAUGCAUCCCCUGCACAAAGCAGACUCCUUCCUCUGAGCAUCAGUGCAGCUCCAGGACUAGCCUGGUGAAGGUAGCGAUCCCCACAGUACCUCCCCUGGACACCACCCUCCUAGUGCUAACCAGCAGUGCUCUAGUCAUCAUUGUGUUGGUGCUGCUGGCACUUGCCAUCAUCUGCUGCAAGCGCUUCUGGAAGAGCCAGUGUCAGCGAGUGUUUCUGAGGACCCAGAAUUUCUCGGCCCAGAGGGUGAUGUUCCAGGCCUCAGCCAUGCCAAGCAGGUUUCCCUGUGAGGAACAGAUGUCUAGUCCUUGCUGCUUGGGUGUGAAGAACCUGAGCCCUUGCUCCAGGCAAGCAGAAGGUCCCGUUGAACCAGUUCAGUUAAUUUCGAAUGGUGAAGCCAUAGGCCUGCAGAUCCCUGCUCUCCAGCCCAGUUUGGAAGCGAUUGCUGUCAGCCCCAGUCCCAAAUCCCAGCUGGCGAGAAGCGUCUUGGAGACCCAACCCCUGAUAAGGAACUCAGGGUCCAGCGACUGUUCUGCAGGGGGUCCGUCAUCCUCAGAUGCCAGGCAGGGCACAGCUGGGUUCACAGAGGCCCCAACUCCCCUCUCAUCAUGUGCCUCAGAGAUGCAGCCUAGGUGGCCCCAUGCCCCAGUGGAGUGCACGGAGCUAGACCUGCAGAAGUUUUCCACCCAGGCCGAGUUCAUGGGCACCAAAAGCCAGGAGGAUGCAGAGAAGCAGGCGGCUCAGAGGAUCCGGAGACAUACAGAUGAGCUAACCCUUGAAGUUCCCCUGUUUGGUGCCCCUCUGAUAACACAAAGUGAACUUGUUCUGGAGCCUGUCAGGGGAUCGUCCUCAUCCUUCCAAAUUCCCACUGCUGAAAGCAGGGAGCAGCCUCAGGUGAAUGAUGUCCUGAGCCUUGUGAGUGAGAUUAGCAGCAUCACACAAGGUCUCCCCAUAGUACAGCUCCCCCACUCCUUGGUGCUGUCACUUGGCUUCCAGUUGGACCCUUGCUUGUCUGGUCUCAAGAAUUUCAGCCACGUGGGGGUGGCGCUGGGGGUCCCAUCCCAUCUGGUGAGCAGGAUGUCCGGAUUCAAGCAGCUUGUCGCUCACCUCGCCUCCUCAGGAGACACAGUCACUGUCCCUGCCCUGGCCCGGAUCCUACAGCGACUCCAGCGCUUCGAUGCCUUGCUCCUACUCUGCGAUCAUUUCGUUCUGAGCCGGGCCCAGGGCUGCCAACACUAGGAGAAACACACAUCGCUGCCUCAGCACAUAGAGGGAGGGGUAACUCCAGGCAUAGUUUUGGCUGGGUGAACCUGGCAGUGAUGCAGCUGCAUGGUUUCCUACCCACUCUUGUGGGUUGUGUGGAGGUGGCCUUUGAAUGCUGGGGGUAGAAUCACAGUAGAAUGAUAAGUCUGUGAGUGCUCACUGAGUAAACAUAUCUCAACCA